CCAAGAGUAGAGUAACACUAUAGUACAGAUAAGGUGACGGUGUAAUUCAAGGGUUCUUGUGAGCUCAUCCUCAAACCCAGAUCUGUUCUCAACUUCAAUUUCUGAACCCAAAACAAUUAAAAAAAAUGGCUGAACAUAAAAGCAAGAUACUGAUCAUCGGCGCUACGGGGUACAUCGGUAAAUUCAUAGUUGAGGCCAGCGCAAAAUCCGGCCACCCCACCUUCGCCUUGGUCCGGGAAUCCGCCGUUUCCGAUCCCGUCAAGGGCAAAAUCAUCCAGGAGUUCAAGAACUCCGGCGUCACCAUUCUCACUGGUGAUCUGAAUGACCACGAUAGCUUGGUGAAUGCCAUAAAGCUAGUCGACGUUGUUAUAUCCGCCGUGGGCACCCCGCAAUUGGCUGAUCAGGACAAGAUUGUUAAUGCUAUUAAGGAGGCUGGGAAUGUCAAGAGGUUUUUCCCGUCAGAAUUCGGGCCUGAUAUGGAUCGGACUCGAGCAGUGGAGCCCGCAAAGUGGAUUUUCGGCAUGAAGUCCCGUCUUCGCAGGACUAUUGAGGCCGAACGCAUUCCGUAUACAUAUGUGGUGUCUAACUACUUUGCUGGCUACUCACUGCCAACGUUCAUUCAGCCUGGCGCGACAGCUCCUCCUAGAGACAAAGUGAUCAUCUUAGGAGAUGGCAAUGCCAAAGUUGUGAUCAAUUACGAGGAAGACAUUGGGACGUACACGAUAAAGGCUGUAGAUGAUCCAAGGACGCUGAACAAGAUCCUUUACAUUAAGCCUCCCAAGAACAUAUACUCGUUCAACGAGCUCGUGGCUUUGUGGGAGAAGAAAAUCGGCAAGACUCUAGAGAAAGAAAUCACCGGCUCCGCUUGAUGUAAUAUUGGCCAUUAACCACUCGAUUUUCGUAAAGGGAGAUCAUACUUACUUUGAGAUCGAGCCGUCAUUUGGAGUUGAGGCUUCGGAAAUUUAUCCAGAUGUCAAGUACAAAACUGUGGAGGAGUACCUUGAUCAGUGUGUGUGAUGUAUGCGUAUAUUUGUAAGUAAGUAUACAUUAAUUAUCUUUGGUGUGGUAUGUUUUAGUUACUUAGUUAUGGUUUCAUGGUUUCUUAUGUCUUUGUUAUUUCUACCUAGCAUGUCCUGCUGGGGAUUUAUUAUCAAUAAAAAUGGAGAUUACUUUAGGAUGAUUGGGG